UUUUCUAUCAGUUUUAACCUUUUUUGUUUCCCGAAAGUACCACAUUGUACUCCAAAAAGUUAGUGUAAAGCUGGAAAUAUAAUGGAGAUAUGAAGCUGCACAAAUAAAUUAGCAGCAGAUUUAGGGUUCUACCAGGAAGGUGUAGAAGAGUGGAGUUUGUUUAGCUCUCGAAGAACAGAGAAUUCUAUUCAGUUGAACAGAUUCGCCGCCGGAGAGAAAUGUCGGAUUAUAUGCCAAAAUAAUUGAUGAUUAAGAUCUUCACAAGAUUACCAAUCAAAUCAAUCCUUUGAUGCACAAGUGUUAGCAAGUCAUGGUAUUCUCUUCUUACUAGCCCUAAUUUUAUCUCUACGCAUCUUAAUGGAAACAAUAUGAUCACAUUCUGAUUCAAAAUUACUCUGGAAACACAGAAAUUGAUAUUUAUGCUUUGUUCCGUUACAAUGAUAAAGUGGGAAUAGAAUACUUAAUUUAAUACGUUUACUCCUAAUUAUCACUUCUUGUUAGUUUCUUUCCAAAAAUUCAAAAAUUUAAAAAUUCAAGGUGUCUAAGUGCCCACAAAGUAAGUAUGCACUGCAUGAUUAGCUAAUGGAAAGUUCAUUGGCUGUAUUCAUAGGUUCAGUUGAAUAAGAGAUGAGAUGAUCAUCACCAUGUAAAUACCGUAGAACACGCUACUUUCAUGUAGACUUAAACUAUUAAAAAUUAGGAUACAAGUGACUUGGUACAACUGAAAGGUACUUGUAUUUCUUUACAUAAAUCCGAGACCCAAAUGUUGAUUCGAGCUUAGCAACUUACAAAUUAUAUAAAGUGUCAGUGUCGCGUUAUUUCGUGGUUACGUGAAUCGAAUUAUAUAGUGUCGGUGUCACGUUAUUUCACGGUUACGUGGAUCUCAAGAAUAGACAUACACGUGCUCAAGAAUAGACAUAACGUGCAAAGCACGUGCGGUGAAUCUAAUAAAGGUAAUAAAAGGAUACAAAGAUUGAUGUCAAGAAUAUUUUGGGGCCAAUAGAUCAAUAAAGGAUAUUUCUCUAUCAGUUUUAACCUUUUUUAUUCCUGAAAGUACCACAUUGUACUUCAAAAAAGUUUUGUGUUAAACUAGAAACAGAUAAUCGAGAUAUGAAGCUGCACAAAUAAAUUAGCAGCAGAUUUUAGGGUUCAACCACGAAGGUGUAGAAGAGUGGAGUUAGUUUUUUUUAGCUCUCGAAGAACAGAGACAUUCAAUUCAGUUGAACAGAUUCGCCGCGGGAGAGAAAUGUCGGAUUAUGUGCCAAAAGACUUGAUGAUUAAGAUCUUCACAAGGUUACCAAUCAAAUCAAUCCUUCUAUGCACAAGUGUUUGCAAGUCAUGGUACUCUCUUCUUACUAGCCCUAAUUUUAUCUCUACGCAUCUCAAUCGGAAACAAGAUGAUCACAUGCUGAUUCAAAAUUACUCUGGAAACACAGAAAUAGAUAUUUAUGCUUUAUUCCGUUAUAAUGAGAAAUUGGAUCAAAAUAACCACUUAGAUUUUUCAUUUAAGUGCAGUAACGGUGUCGUUACUAUUGUGGGCAGUUGUAAUGGGAUUGUGUGCCUUGCUGCUGCCGACCAAUUGAAUUACUUGAAUCAUUUCUACUUUUGGAACCCAUCUAUCAGAAAGCCUGUAGAACUCCCAGAACAAAUUUAUACAUGUGAGAAAUGUGAUACAUUUGCUUAUGCAUUGGGGUUUGGUUUUGAUCAUGUUACCAAUGACUACAAGGUGGUAAGAGUAGUACACACUUGGUCUCAUCCGUUGCCACCUCAUGUUGAUCUUUAUAAGUUAAGUACUGGUGUUUGGGAAGACAUUAGUCAUGUCUCUCUGUCUUGCCUAUUCCUUGCCACUACAUCACAGGCGUAUGUAAAUGAAGCUUCUCAUUGGAUUGCUUCCAAAUGGGAUGCAUUAUCAUUUGUGAAUGUGAUUGUUUUAUUCAACAUGCAUGAUGAGACAUUCUCAGAGAUGAUAUUGCCGAGUAGUUUAAUCAAUGAGUCACGGUCACACUAUGAUGAAAUGUUCCUUUUUGUGUCAGAGGAAUCUCUUUGUUUGGUUGAUAAUAACUAUGACAAACAUGAACCUAUUGAUAUUUGGAUGAUGAAAGAGUAUGGUGCACCAGACUCAUGGGUGAAACAAUUCAGCAUCCAAAAUAAUCAGUUUGCACAACAUAUUCCUCUUCGUGAUGACAUUUUCUGGACACCUUAUUCUGGAAGCGCUGCUCCAACUGAGCUUGAGAUUGCUAAUGAAUUUCUGAAGCCAAUGGCUAUAAGGAAAAAUGAUGAAAUCUUAUGGGAAGGUAACCGAAGAUUAUUGGUUUCAGUUGAUCAUACAGGUGAAAGGUUUAAAGAUGCUGACAUUGGUAACUCAUCAAAUGAUUGGUGUUACAAUCCGCGUUAUGUUAAUUAUUACAAAGAGAGCCUUGUUUUACCUGAUAGAUGGACAAAUAAUUGUGUUGUCGAUGCUUGUGAGGAGUCAUCCAAUUUAUGGAAGAGAGAGCCCAAAGAUGGGAAAAGAAGGAUCUCAAGGGAAAAAUCUAAAUAUAGAAUGCGGAUUGCAUCUCUUUUGCACAUGAGUGGAUUGCUUUACGUGUCAAAAAUGAAAGGGAAAUGGUUGCGGAAGAAAGGAAGGAAGAUCAAGCAAGUCAAAGAUCCUUCAUUGUCCAAUUAAUUAGCUAUGUUGCACUUGAAGUCCUUUAGCUCAGGUUCAAUCUGACAAUGAAGACCUCUUUUGAUGUAUUGGAAGGUCAAAGCUUCCAUGAGCCAGAAGUGUAUGGCACAUUUAUACUCUAGGUUACUGAGCUUCCCUCCUUUCCCGCUUUUGACAUAGGAAGUCUUCAUUCUAUCUAUGAGGAAGGUUCUACAUCAGAUGCUUGUAAUAAAAACUGCAAUACAGCCAAGCCGUCCAUUACUAAAGGUUUCUGCCCUUGUUUCGAAAUACAGAAUUCUGAAAGAGUGACCAUUGGAUCUACCAUAAGCUAAACUAUAGUUCCCCUGACAGCACAACUAUUGUUGAACAAGCGAUAUUUCAACGAGCUCUUAGACGUUGGCACAACCGCUUGUUCAGCAAUGAUCUUCUGCCAAGACUUUGGUUUACACCGGCUCCAAACUUCUGUUAAGUUGUUCAUGUCAUCAGCUACAUUCCACUGAUAGGCCUUUCAUGCCUGCUACACCCAGAACAUUGUUGCUCCAACACAGAGAAGAGCUUUCUUACUCUUUCCUAUUCGUUUGUUCUUUCAAUUUCCAAUUUUUAUGUCAAAUUUGGUUUUUUCUUCUCAGAUUGCUCAGCUGAAGUAGUGCUCUUAACAAAAGAAAGGCAAAACAAAUAUUGGUGCUUAACUGCCCACCUACAUGAUGAGCUUAUUUCCAUUCCCCAAGAACAUUGAGAAGAAAAUUAAUAGGCUACGGAGAACUUUUCUAUGGCAGGGUAACAAGGAAAAGGGAGGCUAUAAUCUGGUAAAGUGGGAGUCAAUCACACUCAAUAGAAUCCAAGGAGGCUUAGGCCUGAAGAACCUGAGUCUACAGAAUAGCUGUCUACUUCAGAAAUGGUUAUGGAGAUUUUGUACUGAAGACAAAGCCUUAUGGAGAAGAUUCAUUGCAGGCAAAUAUGGUUUAUUUAAUCAAUGGACAACUAAAGAGGUUAUGGGCACUUUUGGAUGUAGUGUUUGGAAGACCAUUAGAAGAUUAUGGCCACACUUCAGGAACAACAUAUGCAUCAGUGUGGGGGAUGGUCUAAUGAUUGUGGAAUAAUCAUCUGUUCAUUCACUGUCAAACCGCUACAAGGUUGUGGAAUACGUUUUUGUGCAGUCUGAGGAUUAGUUGGGUGAUGCCAAAGACUACUUUGGAGGUCCUGAACAGCUGGCCAGGAGUUGGAAGUAGAGGCAAGAGGAAGAAUGGUGGAAGCUCAUCCCAGCAUGCAUCUGGUGGUCUAUAUGGAAGGAAAGGAAUGCUAGGUGUUUUGAAGGACAGAAAAUCAAUUUUCAGAGGAUUAAAGCAAACUGUAAUAGUCUUCUAUUUUUUGGUGUAAACAAGACUUGGUGGGGGAUGGGGUAGAAUUAGUUGAUUUCUUAGGAAACUUGUAAUCUGAUUAACAUCAUGGAGGUGUGCUCAUCACACUAUGGGAUGUAAGUUUCCAAUUCGUCAUCUCUUGGAUGAUGAAUCUUUUGUGAAUACAAAGUUACCCUUAUCUAAAAAAAAAUAGGAAAAGCAAGUCCAAACUUUUAUUGUUUUAGGUACAUAUUUUCUCCCUAACAGUACCACAGAUGUUGUCUGGGCUAUUGAUAGAAAGGUGAAAACCAAAUGAAACUGAUCCCAGAUGCUGUUCAUGACGUGAGUUGCUGCCAAAUUAAAUUUCAGCAAUAAUAAUUUUUUUCAUCCAUUAUAGUAAAUAUUUAUUUAUCUAUUUGGAUCCAAGAACAGGUUAGCCACUAACAUAGAAGUAAAUUGAUUUUGUAGCUACAGUCACACACUUUAAAUCAUAUUGUUGUUACUGAUGUUGAUCA